AUGAAACAACGAUUAAAUAAGUCAUCUAUUUUAGAAGAAUUAGAAAAUAAUAGAAAAAAUUAAUCAUUAGAAGAAGACAAGAAAAUUAAUUUAAUAAAAGAAAGAAUAAGAAGAGAAAAAAUUGCAUUAUAAAAUAAAGACAAUUAAUUAAAAUAAAUUUAAGAACAACUUCAUCGAUAGAUGUUAUCAUCAAAAAAGAACCUCUUUUAACCUAUCAAUUUUAGCUCAAUCUUGUUACAUUAAUAACAAUAUGAUAGUAAUAAGAUUGUAAAAGAAAUAGAAAGAUAAAGUAAAAAAAAGUCUGUACCAUUAUUGGGGUUUAAGAAAUCUGAUACUUAUAUUAAAUUACUUCAUGAUCAACAAGAGGAGCAUUUAAAAUAAAUUACUAAAAGAUAACAAAUAAAAUCCAGAAAAUAUGCUUAAUAAAAAUAUUCAGAAAUUGUAAAAGAGAUUUAUUCAAGACCAGUUUCUAAAACAUUUCACGAAGAUCCUUCAGUUGCUUAUUUAUCCAUCUAAAAAUCAAAACCUAUUUCUUUACAUGAAUAAUCUAACAAAACAAGCUCUGAAGGUAGUCAAUUAUUAUCUAUUGAUAAAUAUUUGAUAACUAAACUAGAAAAAAUAUUAUAAACAGAAGAAAAGCCUGAAGAAAAUAAUAAGAAAUAAAUAAAGUUAAAAUUAAGGGAUUAAUAAAUUUAGAAAUUGUCACCUAUUCCAUAAACUAAAAGUAAAAAAAAAGAAUAAGCUAAGGGUAUUUACAUUCAUAAAAAGGUUCAAGAAGUACAACCAAGUGAGUGGGUAAUUUUAUUACAAUAUUUAGAGAAACAUAGUUGAUGAUAGCCUUUUGUCUUCUUAAGAUAAGGUAUAAAAGACUUUAGAUAUAAUUAAACAUUUAAAUAGUUAAGCUUAAAAGAUAGAGGAGGAAAUAAAUGUAAAAAUAAAUGUUGAAAAAGAAUAGAAAUUGAAUGACUUACUUAUUAAUCAGAUAUAAGCAAGAUUGGCAUUAUUAGAUAAUUUUAAUUGA